GUCAUUUUUCCUCCCAGGGACACUACAGAAGUAGACUCUUUAGAAGUCUCGAAGACUCUUGCUCGGACCACUCCACACCCCCAACACAUUCAAAAUGACCGCUCGCCUGAAAGCCAACCGUUGGAAGCGCGGCCACGUGUCCGCCGGUCAUGGGCGUAUCGGAAAGGCUCGCAAGCACCCGGGUGGUCACGGUAUCAGCUUAUUGAAUUAAUUUUAUCUUUUAUUUUUAUUCACAUGCGUAGUCGACUUUGCCACGUUGGGGUAUGAUGUGGUAUACGCGAAGCGCGCCCAGGGACAGAGCGAGUCAGAAUAUAUUUUCCAGUAGCGCCUGCUGUUGUGGCGCCGCAAGAAAUUAGCAUGAAAAGCUCAACAGCGAUGCAGAUGUUGCUUGAAAAUUUUCGAAGCGCGUUUUUUCUUUUACCGUGCAGAAUAAUAUGUACAUUUUUUUCAAAACAAUCGCUCAGGUAACGCCGGUAUGCAGCACCACCACCGAAUCAACGUCGACAAGUACCAUCCUGGUGCGCUCGGUAAGGUCGGUAUGCGUCACUUCUGCUGGCGCAAGAAUGCUUACGUUUGCCCGAAGGUGAACGUCGAGAAACUGUGGUCCCUCCUCACCCCGUCGGCCUACGACUUCUACAAGAAGAAGGAAGGUAGAAACCGUGAUACGAUUUAGGUUUUCUCUCACUUUUAGAUUUAGACUGUAGUGUGUGUGUCUGCAACGUUUGUAAUACUGUCUAAGUGUAGCGGGAUUCGCAUUUUUCUACUGUGAGUGGAGAGCCGAUGGUAUUGUAGUAGGCAACAUCCCAACAUAGCAUAAUUGCACUGAGUAGAAGCCUACAAAAAUUGUAGUGCUCAGCCGGUAGUUCUUUGUUCUGUGGAGAGCUCCAGAUGUGGUGAUCAACUAUAGCAUCGGUGGUUCACAUGAUAUGCAGCCGCAGUUUUCUCCGCUACUUUCAGAAACAGGGAGUGCGAUUCCAAAAAAUCUAACAAACAUGAUCACAGGUGACAAGGCACCGGUCAUUGACUGCGUGAAGGCCGGCUUCUUCAAGGUCUUGGGCAAAGGGUCCCUGCCGGAUAUUCCCGUCAUCGUCAAGGCCCGCUACUUUUCUCGUGAGGCGGAGCAGAAAAUCAAGGCUGUCGGCGGUGUGUGCGUGUUGGUCGCUUAAGCAUAGGCUGACUUCGUGGAAUCGACAAGGCGUGAAGCUGGAGGAUGGAGGGGAUGAAGCGUCAUAGUGCACAAGGAGUCUCUUCUUUAAAAGCUCGAUUUCAUGGUGAAGACAUCUUCCCGGCAGGAGGGCAAGGACAGCACUAUGUGUCGUUGCUGACAAGCCCGAAGUAUUUCUGGAGAAGAAACAAGAAGUGAUUGGGAGCAUGAUCCCUUCAUGACAACAUGCCCUGAGAGCAACAGUGCUUUCUGAUGAAAUCGUAGCUAGAAUGAAGUAGAGAGAGGUGCUGAGCAAUGAGUGAGACGAAAGAGUUCCUGUCUGU